AUGCCACUAUUCGGUUCAAGCAACAACUACUCGCAGUCUCGUCGUAGCGAAUCGCCCAAACGGAAAGGCAGUAUCUUUUCCAGUCGGCAAUCUGACUCGCAUUCGAAUUCCCCCGACCGCUCCCGGAAUCACAACAGCAACGGUGGAAUAUUCAGCCGUCGCCGCUCGUCGUCAUCGGAUUCAUCAUCGAGGCGCUCUUCUCCGAGAAAUGGAGGCAGUUUCUUUGGUGGAGGAAGCAAGCAAGACCCCACCAUCAAAUCUGCGCGUCAGAAAGUGUCAGAUGCUGAAGCAGCUGAGAGAGACGCCGACCGCGCAUUGGUGCAAGCCAGGAUUAGCGUGAAGGAAGCCAGAGAACAUGUCAAAGUCCUGGAGAAGGAAGCCGAGGAAGACACGAGGCGUGCAAAGGCGAAGCAAGCAGAGGCAAAAGUUGUCAGUAAAUCUGCUCGGGCCCUCGGGAAAUUCAGUUAG